UCUGCCCGCACUCCCGGCCCUCCCUCCUUCCUGUUUGUGCGGUUUGGAGCCUACUUAGUGCUCUGAGCUUGGAGCGAAAUGAAAAUCAGGAUUGGGGCCCCGACGCGCGCGAAGAGUGCCGCCUUCGGUCCCCGCAGACGGCAGCCCGAGUCCGCGAGUGCUAUCCUGGGCGCCUCCGCCGCGGGGCCGGGAGCUAACCUGGGGUCGGGGAGUCGGGGUCAGGAGUCGGGGUCCCCGGCUUCAGCCCCCGCCCGUCCCGAGCCAGCACAGCUAACGGGCGUCUCCGGAACUUCGAAUCCCCUCCAGCCGCACUUCUCGGGGCCGCUGAGACUCAGCCACAUAGCCUGAAGAUGGACGGAAGAAAUGGACGGGACCUCCCCGCUGUCCUCAGAGCCACAGCAGAGUGGCGGCCACCCUGAACACGGGGCACCUGACAGCGCUCUUGUACGCGCCGGCUUUCUUCCAGGUCUUUGAGGCUCUGCCACCUGCUGGUUGCAAAGUAGCUCGCUGUUUCUUUUCCUUGCUAAUUGUUCCCAAAGAGUUGUUAGUCUAAAGUAAAGGAAUUGUGCCUUUGCUGACAGAAAGUCCGAGGUGCCAGCUCUUAGCUGUUCCUGAUGCCAUGCUUUUGCUCAGUCAUCAUGGACUUCAGCUCUCCAAAACCGUACGACCAAUUAAAGCUGUUUCUUUUGUAAUUGCUUUGGUCAGACUCCCGCCAGGGAAGCAGGUAGGCUGCUCCUUCAAAUCCAGUCCCCAAUCAUCACCAGCUCUGUAGCAGAACACCUACCGUGGUCUCCCAUUCCUCUCUGACCCCAUCCCCAAUGGAUCAGAAAGACCUCCAACCUGCUUCCCCCAAGGCGUCCCAUUAUCCCAGCUGCCAACACCAGCGGGCAUCUGCUGUGGACACUCCAGCUGAGCAUAACAGGGAAACGAGAAGGUAAUGGCAGACCUCCACCACUCUGUCCUCUCCCCCACACCCAUCCCCCAGCCUCAGAAUACCUGCUGCAGCCUUCCUCUGCUGCCCAUACCUCCUGUGGAUCCCGCAGCCCUCCUCCUCCUCAACCUCCCAGCCCCCAUCUCCAGCAGGCUCUCCAAGCUAACCCACACACUUCUGCCAGGGAAGCAGGGCGAUGGACUGUAGAUCCACCUCUCCUCUGCUCCUCCAGAUCCAACCCCCAGUCUCAUCUCCAGAUCUUCUGGAGUGACCUCUCUUCGCUGUCUACUCCCAUCCCAAGGAGACUAAAUAAACAGACCCUGGUUGAAUGCUCCGCUUUCCUCGCUCUGGUGAACCCCCUCCGGCCCCUAGACUAUCCCCAGUCCUAAGUCUCAGCUCCCAAGACCCGGGAACACAUUGUACCUGAAACCCCCAGUGGCCACACCUAUCAGGUCCACAGAAAAUCUUCCAAGCAACACACUCUCCUAAAAUAAUCAAAGAAAUAUACCAAGGAACAAAGAAAGAAUCAACAAAGAAAAAAAUCAGGGAUCAUCACCUAGAACUAUAAGCUUCCCAAUCCCAGAUGCCUAGAUGCCAACAUAGAAAUAAAAUUGGUAAUAGCCAGCACAAUGUUUCCACUAGGGCAGAGCAAUCCUACCACAGUAGGUCCUGGAUAUUCCAGCAUAGGUGAAGCAGAAGGAAGGGGCCUUAAAACAGCCUGUAUGAAUAGGACAGAGGUUCUUAAAAGAGGAAAUGAAUACAUCCCUUAAAUCCAGGAAACCGGUCGGGUGGCAGGGAGAACAGGAGCCUGCUUGGCACUGUAAGGAUUGAGAAGAAUCACAAGCCUGCCUGGGGCACCACUGUGGUGAAUAAAUACAUGGUGGGGUACGAGGGGGGGGGGGAAGAGAGAGAGAGAGAGAGAGAGAGAGAGAGAGAGAGAGAGAGAGAGAGAGAGAGAGAGAGAGAGGCAGAAUGGUUUGUGCCCUGUGAAGAGAGGCAGAUCGGAACAGGUGAGGAGGUGGCUGACUUGGGUGACCUGCUUGCCCCCUGGGGCCAUGGUGAUAUCCUGGCCUGGGGUGCUGCCAAUGGCCAUGUCUGGGUCCUGACCCAGCUGCAGCUGUGGUCUGUGUUGAUGUCCAUGGCUCCUGCUACCACAAAAGUCCAAGAUGACAGGACUGCGCAGAGAGUGGGCCUUGCACCUCUCCUGGACACCCUAGUAAAGCUGGCUCUACCGACGGGAACCAGCCUGGAGGAUGUGAGCAUGGCAGAGCUUGCCCCACGACUUGUCUGUCAUUUGGUGGCACGGCCCAGGGAGAGAUGCCCCCUUUACCCCUCACCAUUUGAUGCAGACAAGGCCCCAGGGUCAAGAGAGAAGGAGAGCUGGCCCAGCCCCUCAUGGGCUGCUGCACUUGGGAGAACCAGUCCGGCACCUUGCCUAGGCAACACUGGAGAGCUGACCUGCUGGCAGGGGCACUGUAAGCUGGCCCUGAGGGCAUGAGAGUGGGAGAGCUGGCCCCAUCCCCCUCAUCUGCCACGUGGUGAUGUGGGUGAGGGAAAGAUGCCCUCCCCCUCUUGCCCUUUGCCCCCUGCAGCAGGCUGGAGAGCUGGCCUUGGGGGACACGAGAGUGGGAGAACCGGCCCUGUCCCUCAGCAGCUGUAGCACUUGGGAGAGUGGCCCGUGUACCUUGCACAGGCACCACAGUAGAGCUGGUGGUGUAGGCGGUGUAGGUGCCAGUGAGCCAGCCCCAAGGGUGUGAGAACAGAAGAGUUGGCCCCGCCCUUUGCUGUAGACGGCUGCGGGACAUCUCUAUGUUCAAUGAGUUGUGUGGGUGGUGCCUUCAACAACCUACGCUUUGGGGUUCUCGUGCAUACUGAAGACCAGCUGAGGCAUGCGGCCUGUAUACUAAAAGUUGCUGGACUGGUGGACCCUUGUCAACUUGACAUUGGAAAACCUACUGGAAGUUUAGAAAGUGUGACCUUUGUGACCUUCAUUUCUUAGUUCAUGAAAAAUUUUAAUUUUGUCUAAAAAAAAACAUGUAAAGAGUAGAGAUGAAGCUUUAACUUUCUGCUUUGAUCAUAGAUGACAGCUUGGUGCUGUAAAUAUGGCUUGGUUUGCCAUAGUCAUUGCAGAUAUUGAUGAUGGGUGUUGUAUUAGUCAAAGUUCUCUAGGGCACAGAAUUUAUAGAAUGAAUCCCCCGUGUGUGUGUGUGUGUGUGUGUGUGU